UAAAGUGACAGCCAGUACACACCUCCCACCCUGGCACAAACUGAAGCACCUGCCAGCCAGUCACAGCUCCUACAUAAAGGCACCAGCUAGUCAUGACAGCUCACACUCCUAUCCUCUGGAUCUAAGCUCUGUAACUCUCUCACUGAAAGUAUGUUGGACUCCUCCCAAAGUCGGGCAAUGGUGCCUGUGCUUGAGAACUCUAAGCAACAGGAGAGAGGCCAGUGGGCAAACAAAGCAGAAUUUAUUCUCACAGUGGCUGGCGCUAUCAUAGGUCUUGGCAACAUAUGGAGAUUUCCGUAUCUAUGCUACAAGAAUGGUGGAGGUGCAUUUCUAGUUCCAUAUUUCCUUUACUUGGUGACAUGUGGCAUCCCCCUGUUUAUACUGGAGACUGCACUUGGCCAGUAUACCAGCCAAGGUGGCAUUACAUGCUGGAGGAAGUGCUGUCCUCUGUUAGAGGGCAUGGGAUAUGCCAGUACGAUCAUCAUUAUGUAUGGUGCCAUCACUUACAUCAUAAUCCUCGCAUGGGCUCUCCUGUAUUUGUUCUCAUCCUUCAGUUAUGAACUGCCAUGGGCGAGCUGUAAAAAUAGAUGGAAUUCAGAUAGUUGUGUCAGUUUUGGUAACGCCUCCAAUUUGACUUCACCCAACAACAGUUCAUCUUCGGUCAUGGAAUUUUGGCGGUACAGAGUUCUGAAACUUUCCAGUGGAAUAGACCAACUUGGAAGUGUAAACUGGGAUCUCGCUCUUUGUCUUCUCUUGGCCUGGAUCGUCAUUUAUUUCUGUAUCUGGAAAGGAAUCAAGUCCAGUGGCAAGAUUGCAUAUUUCACAGCCACAUUCCCCUAUGUCAUGAUGUUGGUGCUGUUUGUCCGUGGUGUCACUCUGCCUGGAGCUCUGGAUGGCAUCUUUUUUUACUUGAACCCAGUCCCAGAACGACUAGCAGAUCCACAGGUUUGGAUGGAUGCUGGGACCCAAAUAUUCUUCUCUUACGCCAUAUGCCUUGGGUACCUGACCUCCCUGGGGAGUUACAACAAAUACAACAAUGAUUGUUACAAAGAUUCAUUCUACCUUUGCAUCUUGAACAGUGGAACCAGCUUUAUAUCGGGUUUUGCUAUUUUCUCUGUACUGGGGCACAUGGCUAAGGUGCAAGGUGUUGAUAUCUCUGUAGUAGCAGAGUCAGGUCCUGGGCUAGUGUUUAUAGUUUACCCUCAGGCUGUGACCUUGCUGCCCUGGCCACAACUCUGGGCCAUUUGUUUCUUCACCAUGAUCCUCCUUUUGGGUGUGGACAGCCAGUUUGCCGGAUUAGAGAGCUUCAUGACAUCGGUGACAGACAGGUUUCCUACCGUACUCAGGCAUGGCUGGCACAGGCAGCUCUUCCUAUUGGGACUGUGCUCUUUCUGCUUCCUGAUUGGCCUAUUUAUGGUCACUGAGAGUGGGCUUUAUAUUCUGCUGCUGUUUGACCACUAUGUCUGUAGUGGAGCCACGCUGCUCUUUCUGGCCAUUUGCCAGUCUGUUACUGUAGGCUGGAUUUAUGGUGCCGAGCGCUUCUAUGAGAACAUUGAGGAUAUGAUUGGCUACAGGCCAUCGGUCCUUAUUAAGUACUGUUGGCGCUAUGUCACCCCAACUAUUUGCACAGGAACGUUUGUUUUCUCAUUAUUAAAGUAUAGCCCCCUGAAGUUCAACAACACCUACAUCUAUCCAUGGUGGGCAUAUGGUUUCGGUUGGUUUCUGACUGCUUCAUCGCUCUGUUGGAUCCCCCUGACAAUGGUCUACAGACUCUACUAUGCGAAAGGAACAUUUCUGCAGCGCCUUCAGUUUCUCUCCAGCCCAGCAGAUGAUCUGCCCAUGGCCAAGAGAGAGACAGAAAGACUGCAUCUCUCUACGUUGUGAAAAAAGAUCACUCAUCAUAUCAAGUGCAUUUCAUCAGAAUAAGAGUGAACCCGCAUAUCUUUGUUUUUUUCCUUGUGUUAAAGGAAUAUUGAAUGUUGCCAAAGACACGGGGCUCUAAUUUAAAUGAAUUAAAUCAUUCCAUAAAUAAAGUGUCAUGAACUAAAGCUAAUUUGUGGCGAGUGGGAGCAUUGAGCAGGUCAAAUGAUUGUGCGCAAAUGAUUGUGCUUAUAGAAUCUUGAAAAUUAGAUUUUGCUUCAUUAUUAAUUACGUUUUAGCUAGACUUUACACUUUGCCAGUGAUUUAAAUGUGCCUCCCAUGGUGUGCAAGGAAGGACUCUUUUGCAUUCUUUGUCGAAAUCAUCUAAUGUCAGCUGGGUGUACUGAUUAACAGUCUCCUUGUCAAUGUUGGGAUACUUAAACACAGACUCUUCUGAUAGAUAAGAGACACUGGCAAAUCAUUUUGUGAAGCCAUACUCUCUCCAUAUGCAGAUACAGUGAUGAAGCUUUGUUUUGGAUUGAUUGAUUUAGAUAAGGCCAUGUCCACUUGUUGCCAGGUUUUAUAAUAUAGAUGAAAGAUGAUUUUAUUAUAGAAGUUUGUACUGUAUUUUGGCCUGUCAUCCACAUUAAAACUGUUUUCGGCCUCUGAAACAACCAGUGGAGAUAUUUGAAAACUCAGUUUAGAUAUUUUCGUGUGGAUAGUGGAAAACGUGGGAGUUUUUGGAUUGUGACGACGACUGGUUUUGCGUAUCCGUGUAAAUUGAAUUUUAAAAAUACCCGGCUACUUGUAGAUGUGGCCUAUACAUAGGAAUGCAUUUAUUUUCUUCAUUCUUCUUUCCAGUUAGAGCAUGAUAUGAUUCUGAUUCAUUGGGAUAUAUAGGGCAUUGCGGUACAUACAUGCUUUUUUUGCGGUUGACACACAAUGCGGUUAAUACACAGGGAAUGACUGUAGGCCUGCUUCACUCCUUAUUUUAAAGCUCCAUAAUAUAUAAGCUCCGUUUUUUUUUUUUUUUUUUUUUUUUUUUACUUCUUGCAACUUGGGGUGGUUUGGGUCUUUUUUUCAUAGUUUACAUUUUCAAACAUUUUUAUAUUUUGUAUUGUAAACAUGAGGGUAAAAUGUAUCUUCUAAUAAAUGUCUUGAUAUUUGCAGUACAUAUUUUCUUAUCAAUGAAAGGGUUUACAAAAACAAUGAUAGAAUGCCACAAAGAAAUGACCAAGACAAGGUCAAGGGUCAAUCUCUUGUCUUUCUCAGGUCCUUGGCUUUCGGCAACCUAAAAUACUAGGUCCACCCCCAUCAACUGAACCUUUAGCUGUUCUUCACUGUCGAUCAGAGCCAAUAUCACCUGCGGAUUAAAACACCACCUUCUAAAUACCUCAAGGGUACUCUUCAGCAUGUUGGAUAUUGCUAGUGUAGUUUACUGUACGUAUACUAGUGGGGCAUGAGAUGUGAUCAUUAAAGUCGGUUCAAAUGUAACCUAUGUUAUUUUACAAAUAAAGCAUCCAAGUGAUACCAUGAUACUGCA